AUGAUUGGGAAACGCAAGAGAGACACGGCUGUCGUGUCGCGGUCCACCAAGGCUACCAAGGCGGAUGCGCAAGAAGAUACAGCUCCUACAACUACGGAUACGGACAACUCCCAAGAUCUUUUUCGCAAGUUUUUCGAAGCCCAAUUCCAACCAUUGGAAGUGCCCGGUGGUCAAGCCGGUAAAGAAACAGAGUCCGAGGAGGAAGAAGAGAGUGAAGAGGAAGAAUCUGAAGCCGGGUCUGAUUGGGAAGGCCUUUCCGGAGAAGAAGAUGAGGGCAACGAAGUUGAGGUAGUCGAACACCAGAGCUCGGCCACCAAGAAAGAUGACUUGUGGGAUAAGAGGGCCCGGAAGGCUUUUAUGAGGGCAAAGCUGCCAUCCUUUGAUUUAGAAACCACCAACGUGAAGGCCACGCCUGCUAAGAACGGAAAGGAAGACAAGGACGAUGGUACCGAUGCAGAAAACCUCAAAAAGGAUCUUGCUUUGCAGCGACUGCUUAAAGAAUCUCACCUCUUGGAGUCGGCCGAGGAACUGGACCCAACCGGCAAAAACCGACACAAGGCUCUUGACCUGAGAAUGCAGAGUCUUGGGGCCAAUGCUUCGCUUUAUAAACAAAAAAUGCCUUCAUUACACAGAAGAGGCAUCAAAGCCAAGGCCGAGAAGAAGGAGGAUAGACGGCGACAAGAUGCGAAAGAGAACGGUAUCAUUCUGGAGAAACCUACAAACAAAUCCAAACCGAGUGCCGGACGGAGAGAGCGAAGUGUUGGGGGUCCCUCUAUUGGCAAGUUCUCAGGUGGUACAUUGAACUUGAGCAAACGGGACUUGUCCGCGAUGACAACACCUCGCCGGUCAACAAAAGGAAAGGGCAAGGGAAAAAGCCGC